GGAUGAAGAUGUGCAUUUCUCAUGAAACAAAAGCCGUUCUGAAUCUUAACAUUUUGGCAUUAUCCGUAUUUGUUUCUGUAUGCAUGUCAUUCUUCAUAAGUGAUCAAUUUGUUUACUACAGUUGUCUGUAUGAGCAAGGGAUUGAUUAUUGGUCCACAAAUAAAAGUGCUGACACGGUUGGACUGCAGAAUGCGCAGAAGAAAUCUGCUUUCAUACAGUCUACUAAAAAUUUUUUAGGUCUUGGGACUGGAAUUUUCGCAACACUAUUCGUUGGUUACUUAUCGGAUAAUUUUGGUCGACGAUUGACAUUAGGAAUUAUUGUAUUGGGAGAAGCUUUAAAAAUUUUGGCUAUUGGUAUUAGCGUAUUCUUCAACUUUUCUCCCUGGAGUUUGAUUGUAUCUGAACUAUUAGAAGGAUCUAUUGGUGGUGGAUUAUUAUCGAUUUCAGCACAAUUAUUUGCUUGUAUAAUUGACCUAACUCAAAAUUCAUGUAGUAAAAUAGAAGUAGUAUCAAGUGAAAAUUUGGAUUUGGUUUCACAGACAAAAAAAUUACUAAAAAAACGUUGGCUUUUGUUUACAUUACUCGAAGGUGUAAUCACAUGUGGUAUGGCAUUUGCAAAUGCACUAACAGGUUUCAUGAUUCAAAAUUAUCGUUUCCACAUAACAAUGCUAACUUGUAUAGCCUUUCUUAUUCCUUCAGUGAUUACAUUAUUUCUCGUAUCUGAAACAAGUUUAAAGGCAAUACAAACUGAAGUAGCAGAUAUUGAAAAUUCAUCUGAUGAGCUAUGCAUUACAACUUCAGUAAUUCAGAAUGAAACUAAUGAACACCAAGCGUCUCCCAGUAAUUACUCAGUUCGCAUACAAUCUGAAGACAGGUGCAUGAAUAAGUUACAAAUGGUGUCGAAACUCCCGCGUACUCAUAUCAUAAUAAUCGUCGUUAUUUUCAUGUUUUCCAUCUCUGGUUUGACGGAUUCCCAAUAUUUAUUUCUUUAUUUAAUGAGUAAUCCUUUUCUGUGGGAUGCACAAGCAGUUGGUUUGUUCAUAGGUUUAAGGGAUGUAUGCUGCACUUUUACCUCUAUAUUAUGUGUCAGUAUGGUGGUCAAAUUUCGAAAGGAUCAACCAACUAAUGUUGAAACGACACAGAACAUUGCACCAAUGUCAAACAGAACCAGUACGACAUUAUUCAGUCGCUUAAAAUCUGUGGAUCAAAUUCUUCUCAUCAUAUUGGUAUUUUUGGGAUUCAUACUUUUAUCUAUUCAUCAAAUCGUAAUGGGCAUAGCUUCUACACUUACCGUUCCGGCAGCCAAUAUUUUUGUUUAUCUAGCUACAAUUCCAAGAUUUGUCAAAGGUUUUCAAAUGUCUAUACUUCGAACUAUGAUGUCAAAAUGGACAGAUGCUUCUAAACAAGGUAUAGUGAUGUCUGUUAUUGCAGUAGUUGAACGUCUUGGAACGUUGAUCAGUCUCGUAGCUUUACCAGUUAUAUACGCUUCGACUGUUAGUACUUUCAAAGGAUCGGUAUAUUUUGUUUGCGCCUCUGUAACAAUUUUGGAAGCACUAAUAGUUUUGAUUUUACCAGUCUACGCUCCAAACACAUCGUCAUUGCAAUCUUAAUCAGAUAAGUAUCGUCGAUAUCAUGUUAUUUUACUAAACUUAAAGAAAACAAUUGUGAAUCCAGAUUUUUUCUAAAAAUGACCAAUUAAUUUAUUUUUUUAUAAUCAUUUUUUAAUAUUUUCAGAACAUUCAUUACAUUUCUUCAAAAAAUCACCAUGAAUAGAAAAAUGAUAUUCAUCAACAGCUGACAUUGCUUAGAGGACUCCAAACACCCUUUUUUGGUUUCUGUUUGGAACUCUUUAGUGAUGAGUAGAAUAAAAACCCAAAAAUUUUCACAUUCCAUACCUAGCUAAACGUCAUUCAGCCAUUACUCAACAUUUUCUAACUUUAAUUAUGAUUUCACCAUACGACUUGAUCGUUACUAAUAUCAACUACUGAUUACAUAUAUCACUACUUCUUUUUUUAACUUCAGAAUUAAACAUCUAAGCGUUUGUGGGAAGUUGUUUGGUUUUAAAUUUUUUUUCUGAAAAAAAAUGACUAUGGGACCGUACGUGCGUCCUUGUGUUUAUUUCUAGAU